UCUACAAAUAAUCAAAUAUUCCACCGGCCACUAAACGGCGCUGCACCGGUCCGACGCCAUAAUGCAUCCCGGAGGAAACACUGGUCGCAUUUUAUUGGUUCCUCUUUCGGAAAACAGCUACCAUAGCCUCAUUUGACAACCAACGCUGGACAUCGACCGUCGGACAACCGCUCAGCUGCCAAAUCCUCACGACAACUUUCAAUCUGCUCUCAGCGGUGGGGUCCGUCUAUCUAUGUUAAUUUAGAAUAAACAUGAGCAGGGUUCGGAUGUGCUGCUGACAGCCUGCUCCCCUCACAAGCUCACCUGUUUGUCUUGUGGUGAUGAUGGAGGAAACAGAGGAGCUCUCUCCUCUUCGCGUCGCCUCCACCGUGCAGGCGCUCAGCUCCGCGCUGCGGGGGAACCGUGAACAUGCUCCCGCUGCCAACCGGGGGAAGGGAGACCGAGUGUUCCCGGACCCGGAGAAGCUCUGGUUCAAGGAGAGCAGCGCCAAAAACCUGCGGAACAGGGACUUCCUAUCGCCCACCACGGUGCUCAACACGCUGUACGCGGACGGACAGGUUCCUCCUGCAGUGAUGUCCAGAGUUCUGUCUCUCCGGGGAAGUGGGGUGCUCCCGGUUGCUGGUGCUGAGGUGAUGGGCGAAGGCCUGAGACUGCGGGUGGACCGAGCCACUGCGUUCAAGGCCGUCCUGGCAGGUCAAACAGCGGAUUACCUGAAGCCUUCAAGUCACAAGGAGGGGUGUGUGUUGCUCAACUGUGCUGCACUGCACCCCAAAAUUAACACACCCACUCCUGAAACUCUGACUCUAGGCCAGUUGAGAACUGUUCUGCUGGCUGACCACAUGGGGGCACUGUUGAGAAGACAGGGAUUUUCAGUGUUUUAUUGCCCAAAGCUUCCCAAAGACAGCAACAUCAUCGCCUUCCUUCGAGCGCUCGGGAUUGAUUGGCCUACAGCUCCAGCCGAUUUGAGCAACGAGGAGCAGGAGGAGCAGAUCCUCAAAGCGCUGGAGAACUCAUUAUAUCGAGAGGAGGGAGCAGAGAAAGGCAGAAAGACCUGCAGAGGAGGAGGUGGAGGAGGAGGAGGAGGAGGAGGAGGGAAGAAAGUAGAGGAGGAGGAGGAGAAUGAUGGAGCACUUCGAAUCAACUUGAAGCGGGUUUUCCAAGAAGAGGGGCUGCUGGGAUAUGACCCCAGCCUCGGCACCUGCAUAGUUCAAAGAGACAGCGUUUCCCAACUGGCCCAAUUGGAUUUAUGCACAGCUGACUGCACUGAAGCAACGGUAACCGUGCUGCACGUGACUUCCUGUCAAGACGAGUUCCGCCAGCAGCAGACGGCGAUGUUGUGGCGAGCCAGUGGAGCGGCGCAUGCACAGAAACAUGUUGUGUGUGGGCCUGUGAAGACUCCUGGUUCUCACCUCACUGCUGCACAGUACCUGCAGCUGAGACGAGGACAGAUGAAGGAGGCGUCAGAGAUGAAGUACGGAGAUCAAGUGGAGGGUCAGACGUGGGAUGACAUCAUCAAGGUGAUGACCUCUGCCACAGUCAGGUUUGAGCUGCUGUCGACAGUCCACACCAGUCCGGUGACGCUGGACGUCCAGAGGGAAGGGGGAGUGUCCACAAAGGGACCCCGAGGAGGAGUGUUUGUUAUGUAUAACUGUGCCAGACUGCACACUCUGUUUGACAGCUACGAGAGAGGAGUCGAGAAAGGUCUGUACCCAGAAAUCCCUGAAGGUUCCCAGCUGGACUUUUCUGCUCUGAAAGAAGAGGGUGAGUGGCUCCUCCUCUUCAAUUACCUCAUUCCCUUCUCGGAGCUGCUGGACCAAUCAGGACAAGCCAUAGGCUGUGAGGGAGGAGGAGCUAGAGCUAACAUCAAAACUGAACAGAUCUGUAAAUUUCUCGUGUCUCUCAGUAAAGACUUCAGCUCGUAUUACAACAGAGUCCACGUGUUGGGGGAGCCACUGCCUCACCUCUUCAACCAGAUGUUCUGUCGCCUCUAUCUGCUUCGAGCUUUGCGGGAGCUCUACCACAGCGCUCUGGAGACUCUCAACCUUCCCCCCAUCAGGCAGCUAUAGUCUCCUGAGAAGGCUCUUGUAUUUAAAAUGAACCUAAUGUCUCCCCUGAUGCACACACUCGUCUCUGCUUCUAUCUAACAUCUCCAAAAACAGUUCAUUCUGAGUCGUCUGCCUGCUGUGUUGCUUCAGGUCUUCUCAGUGCCAGACCUCCAAGACAUCAGUGUUGCACAUAAGUCCUGCUCUUGUCUCUCUUAAGCUUUUUAUUUUAAGUUGCAGACCAACUCAGAAUCAAACAAGGCUUCAAACCUGCUUCUUCAAAUGUUACAGUUUUCAUCAAGAUCUGGAUGUAGCAUGAGUAGAUAUAUUUUAGUGUUUUUUUUUUAUUUGAAUCUGAGUUCCCUAACAUCGGAUUUUGACGAUGGGGAGUCGGGUAUUUCACCAAGUCCUGGUAAUGUCAAGGUCAGGGCUCGCGUUCGCUGAACCACAGAAAUAAAGAGGUUAUAGAUCAUCCAGGGAAGCUGUCAGAGCUGCAAAUAGACUUAACCUGCAGCAAAAAGCUUCUGCCGUUUUCUCCACUUCCUGUUUACACUCCGCUGUGUAAAAACAAAGCAGAAAUCAGGGACUUUUGGUCGAGUUUGGUGCCAAAAAUAACAGAUACUUUUAGAAGGGAUUGUGUAACUUUCCAUAGAUUCAGUUGUGUUUGCAGAAAAAGUUUUCUAAAUUUGUGCACAUUUUUAUGGUUGAAAUUUGAAUAAUUUGGAUUAGUAGUUUUCUUUUAUAAUCCUAAAUUUCUAUCUAUGAAAUCUGCGCAUCAGUUCAUAAAUGAAAACCUUAACCUCA